AUGGAUCAUUUCGACUUGUCCGAUGAUGACGGUGACGAUAUAUUCUUCAAUAUGAUGUACCAUUAUUACACCAACAAGAUACUACAACCAAACUCAACCUCGCUACUAAUAAGACGUGCACUGGUAAGUAGAAAUCGUGAAGAAGGACACGAACGUCAAUAUCGUGAUUACUUUGUGGAUAAUUGUGUAUACGGGUCGAAAGACUUCAAAAGAAGAUUUCGUUUGAGUAGGAAUGUGUUCAUAUGGAUCGCCAAUGCCUUGGAAAGUCAGUAUAUAUUUUUUCAACUGAGACAUAAUGCUAGAGGUAGGCGAAGAUUUACAACGUUGCAAAAAUGUGUUGCGGCCAUUCGUUUGAUGGUUAUGGGGGAGUCAGCCGACACCAUGGGCGAUUAUAUGAGAAUGUCUGAAAGAACUGCACAUGAAAGUUUGUAUAAAAUGUCAAAAGGUGUUUUUGAAACAUUCGGAGACGUAUAUUUGCGAAAACCUUUGUUUUAUGAUACACAAGAGCUUUAUGCAGCACAUGAAGAAAGACAUGGGGUUCCCGGAAUGAUUGGAAGCAUCGAGUGCAUGAGCUGGAAAUGGAAAAAUUGUCAAGUAGCGUGGGAAGGGCAGUAUGCAAGUGGUCAUCAUGGAUCGCCUUCAUUGGUUUUAGAGGCUGCCAUGGAUGCUCCUUUCAUAGUGAAUGUAAACGAAUACGAAUUUGGGUAUUACCUUACAGAUGGAAUAUAUCCUCCGUAUUCCACAUUCGUGAAGGCAUUUCAAGACCCGGUUGAAGAAAGAGAUAAAUUAUUCAAGAGAAGACAAGGAUGA